AUUAAAGUUAGCAUUAACAUUUGCCACUAGAGAUCUAUCAUUCAAAAAGAAAAAAACAUUUCUCACAAAAACAAAAAACAAAAAAAAACAAAAAAAACGCUAUUCGCACCGAAAGAUAGCAGCCAUAACCGAGAGAGAAAAAAGCUCAAAUCUCUCAGCUAUGGCGGAAGAUGAAGAAGACGAUGAAAGCUUCGGUGACUUCAAAUUCGCUUCCUUUCCAAAUCAACAAUUCUCUUCUACCUCCGUUGAUUGGGGAGGUUUCGUCAAUGGCGGGACUUCUUCAAAACCCUUUGAUCCAUUCACAGUUUCAUCGGAUCGCAUUCAGAAGCAUGUAAACGAAACCAACGGUGUUGCUGUUGAAGCAAACAAAGCUCGUGGUGCUAUUCCGCUUUCAAUCUUCGGUGAGGAAGAUGAUGAACCUGUUGUUUCUCAUUCCAAUGAUUUUUUCUCUAGCAAGAGUAACGGCGGUGGUGCUGUGAAAAAUGGAUCUGAUUUGAAUGGUGUUGUUGGAAUUAGUGAUUUGAUUUCCAAUUUGUAUUAUCAGAAGCCGAAGGUUGAUUCUCAAAAUGGAUCGGUUUUGAAUUCGGUAUCAAAUGUUGAUGCUACAAAUCCAAAGGUUGAUGGACCGGUGAACUCGAACUCGAAUGGGAAUGAUUUGAAUCAGCAUGAGGAUGAGGAGGAUGAUGAUGGAUGGGAAUUCAAGUCUGCAGAAUGGGAAGCUGGAAACAAUAACUUGAAUGUUAAGGUUGAAUCGCCAAAGCAGGGUAAUAGUGUGGUUGGUGUUGGUGCUUUGUUGGAUUCAUCGCCUGGGAUUUCUGACAAAGUUGGUGAGUGGCACUUGGGGUUUGAAUUCAGUCCUAUUUCUGCAUCUCACAGCCUACAGCCAGGUCCGAAAAGUGAAUCAAAUGAAACUGGAGCUGGGUUUAAUAUGUUCAAUCAAACUUUAGGGAUGUUGGCGAAUGCACAUUCAUGGCCAGGAUCAAAUCAAACUUUGGAAGCACCAAAAAAGGACAAUAUAUUUCCCACUGAUAUAGAGGCAUUCAACGGUAAUGGUGGAGCUUCACAUAGUUCUAUUGACCCAUCUCUUGCAUCACAAUCUCAUCAAUCUAACGGAUGGGGCUUUGGCUUUGAUUUCAAUUCUAGUUCCAAGGGUGAAGACAGUCUAUUUUCAGAGUCAUACUUCAAAACCGAAAACAACCACGACGAAAUCAACAAAAGCAAUGCCUCCCCAACCAAUACAAAUAUUGAUUCAGUUGUCAAUCUGUUUGAAUCAAAGGAUGCAGACAUGGAAAUAGGAAUAAAACAUGAGAAGCCGCUAAUAACUUCAGAGGAUCGUAGGGAAGCCUUGCCUCUGUCAAUUUUUGGCGAUGAUAUUCCCGAUACAAAUGAACAUUCUAAUUCUCAAGAUUUGUCUCCCUAUGCACCAGUAUCUCCAAUGCAGAACAACUUUAAUAGUCCUGGUUCCAACUUAUCUAUCAAUGACUUGAUCUGGAGUUUAUAUAGUCAAACUGAAAAAAAAACUUCUCCUGAUGUGACACCAAAAGCAAGUGAAAAUCACAUACGUGUCUCCCCCGAAUUAUCAGGCUCCAAUUUGGAUAACAGUGAUGAUUUUGAUGAUGAUUUUGGGGACUUUAAGGAUGCUUCACCUGAAACCCGAUUUGCCCAGGAAUCUACACAAAACACUUCUUUUAAUCAUCCUACAGAAUUCAAUGAGAAUGGAUUGCAGACUUCCUUGGAAGUUUUAAAUUCUGAUUUGAUCAAUGAUAAUGAUGAUUUUGAAGAUGAUUCGUGGGAAUUUAAGGAUGCUAUAUCUGGAACAAGUACUCAAGAUCAAGCAUCUACUAUAGAUCACAGAGAUUUAUUGACGCAGUUCUCAACCAAAUUAGAACGGUCUGAUUGUCUGGAGUUUUUUAGCAAAUUGAAGGAGGAGUUGUGCAAUAAUGUCCUGUUCCAUCUUCAGAAUCUCAAGAAAGCUCAAGAUGUUGCGGCUCUUUCGGGUGAAGAUGCAAAAGUAAAAGCUCUUGAGGUGGAAAUUCAGGAAUCUUCUGAGAUAUUGCAUCAGCAUCAUAUGAGCGUACCUGUUGAAUAUCUCUCAGAAAAUUAUUCGCCGAGAAAUGUGAACUUUGAUGAGCUUCUUAAAGUUUUGAAGGAGCCAAAGUUCCUACCUCUUGAAUCAGAAUACCAACUAGCAUCAAGGUUGUCUAUGGCCGAGACGGAUAUAAAAUCUGCCAUGGAACUCUUGAAAGAUGCAGUAUCAACAUUAAGAAUUCUGAAGUUGGGAUCAGGGGAAGAACAAUCUAAUUAUCUUACAAUAUGGUCCAAGAUUGCCUUCGUUUGUUCUCAAGAGCUGAAACAUGGUGCUUAUAUCUGGAAGGAAGCGGUACAAAAGAAUGUCCAUGACCAGUUAUUAUCUAUCCCAAAAGGUGUUCAGUAUAUCCAUGCACUUGGAGAAAUUUAUAGAGUGGCAGAAAUCGUUGGAGCUUCAGCCAAACUUCACAAACCAUGGAUGUUGUCAGGUUCCAUAGAUUGUACAAGUUUAUUUACCCUUUUGAACGAGUGUAAUAGCCUGUGGUUGGCUUCAGGACUUGAAGAAGCACUUUCUAGUAUAUCAAACCAUAAUAACUUUGACGCGGAUGGCAUCUCAAGGGAAUUAGUUGAAUCCAUUAAGUACAUUCAUGAGUUUGAUGAGCAUGCAUUUCAGAGCUAUGUCUUCUCAGGAGAAGAAACUGUGUGCCAGUUGUCAGCCUUGCCUGCUGGUUGCAUACCAGGGCUAAAUUUGGCGACAUGGAACGGGAAGCACUACUUCGUCAAUCUCGCAAACUUGUGGGGCAAUCUAAUAAGUUCGGAUCCUCCCAAGUGAUACCUGCCAAUUCAAUCAAGUCUCUUAAAACAUGGAGAUUCUUUCACUAGAUUUUUCAGUGUGUAGUUAAAAAAAAUUACACUCAAAGAAAAGUCGAUCUGAGAUUGUGGCAGGGUCCUCUUUUUUUUUGGUUAGUUGGGGUGAGGUGCAUUGGCAGCUCGUUAACGGCGAAAGUAGAUCUUUGUGGGGGAUGAAAGUUAUAUGGUUGCAGUGCUCUGGAGUCUGAUCAUGCAAAGUCACCAAUUAAGUUAAUUCUUUCUUCGAUAGGUACCAUUCUUUAAGUGGAAGCAUUGAAACAAUAGCCGGCUGUUACAAGUGUAAAAUGUAUUACUAGUGAUUACAAAGAACUAUACUACACACAGUAGAAUUCUGGAUACGAUCCAGUUUUGCAGAGGGAAUAAUACUGUUUGUUUGUCAAAUUAUGUUGUUAUUUGUAAAGCAACUGGGAUUCUUCCCUUAACCAUAUUUUGUAAUACUAGUAUUUUGGCAUGAUUUUAUUUAAUAA